UUACAGCAAGCCGCUGAAGUUUCUCAGCUUCGGGGAGCAAGGGUAAUCUCUGCUGAAGACCUUCUGUUUUUGAUGCGCAAAGAUAAGAAAAAGCUUAGAAGACUGCUAAAGUACAUGUUUUUCCGAGACUACAAAUCCAAGAUUGUCAAGGGCAUAGAUGAGGAUGACCUUCUGGAAGACAAACUGAGUGGCAGCAAUAAUGCAAACAAAAGACAGAAAAUCGCCCAAGACUUUCUCAACUCUAUUGACCAAACAGGGGAACUCCUGGCAAUGUUUGAAGAUGAUGAGAUUGAUGAAGUUAAACAAGAAAGAAUGGAGAGAGCAGAAAGACAAACUCGAAUUAUGGAUUCAGCCCAAUAUGCAGAAUUCUGUGAAAGUCGACAAUUAAGUUUCUCCAAAAAGGCCUCCAAAUUUCGAGACUGGUUGGACUGCAGCAGUAUGGAGAUAAAACCCAAUGUUGUUGCAAUGGAAAUUUUAGCAUAUCUAGCAUAUGAAACAGUGGCACAGUUAGUGGACCUGGCUCUUCUUGUGAGGCAGGACAUGGUAACCAAGGCGGGAGACCCCUUCAGCCAUGCCAUUUCUGCAACCUUCAUUCAGUAUCACAACUCUCCUGAGGGGUCUUGCAUGAAGUCCUACCCAGAGUCCCCUGAGAACACACCUCCUCCUACACCCACUGCUCCAUCAUCUGGAUCACAGCACUCAGGGAAAACCACAUCAGGAUCCCUAGGGAAUGGGAGUGCUGGACAAGACUCAGCUAAAACCAAGCAAAGGAAAAGAAAAAAGAGCACUGCGGCCUGUGGUGUUGAGGCUCACAGCGAUGCCAUCCAGCCCUGCCACAUCAGAGAGGCCGUUCGACGCUACGGCCACAAGAUUGGCCCCCUUUCCCCAUUCACAAGUGCCUACCGCAGGAAUGGGAUGGCUUUUCUGGCCUGCUGAUGGGACUGUGACUGUAACAACAGGAAAGGCACUGUUAUAGUAAGCGCGCCCACAGCUACACGGGAAUUGUGGACUGGGUCAUUUCUUGCUGGGAGCAGCUGAGCUACCCUUCUGGCAUCUAUACUUUCUCCAUUAAAUGAGGAACUCGAACUUUGGAGAACCAAUCAAAAUGUAGCAGAUGUAAUUGUACAGUUCCUGAUUCAACUUGAAUUACAAAAAAGGAAGUUAUUUCUUUAAUUCGGUAAGACUUCUGUGCAAUUUUAUUUUUAUCAUGGUUUUUGCACACACCGAAAGAGCCUUUGUAAAGCAUUAAUAAAAACAGAAAUAAGAAGCAUGAAAGAUUUUCUGCCUGUGACCAAAUCAUCAUGAGGCUCCGUUAAUAUGAUUGUGCCAUAUUAUUCACAUUUGUUAACUAUCAUUUACCUGUUCUGUGUUAGUCCUUCCUUCUGGAAAAAAUCUUCAUGUCAAGAACAAAAAAACGCAGAUAUAUAAUAUCAAAAAAUUGCCAAGGGGUUUUGAUGUUCCAUCUGUGCUUGUUGAAAUGUAUGAUUAAACUUUUCUUUUUA